AUGCAUAGAACCUACUCCUUGAGAAACUCAAGAGCACCCACAGCAGCGCAACUGCAAAGUCCUCCACCACCCACCUCGACCACGAAGAGCAGAUUCUUCGGUAAGGGUGGUAUCGCUUACAAUUUCCGUACCAAGACCGCUGGUCAAUGGGGGCCUGAAUUGUCCCGUAAAUUGUCCCAAUUGGUCAAGAUCGAAAAGAACGUGUUGAGGUCCUUGGAAGUCGCCGCCAAUGAGAGACGUGAUGCUGCUAAGCAGUUGUCCGUUUGGGGGUUGGAGAACGAUGAUGAUGUCUCGGAUAUUACUGAUAAAUUGGGGGUCUUGAUUUACGAAAUUAGUGAAUUGGAUGACCAAUUUAUUGAUAGAUACGAUCAGUAUCGUCUUACUUUGAAGUCCAUUAGAGACAUUGAAGGGUCCGUGCAACCUUCCAGAGAUAGAAAGGAUAAGAUCACUGAUAAGAUUGCCUAUUUGAAAUAUAAGGAUCCUGCAUCUACUAAGAUUGAAAUCUUGGAACAAGAAUUAGUGAGAGCGGAAGCUGAAUCAUUGGUUGCAGAGGCACAAUUAUCAAAUAUUACUAGAUCAAAAUUGAGAGCUUCAUUUAAUUAUCAAUUCGAUUCUAUAAUUGAACAUUCUGAAAAGAUUGCUCUUAUUGCUGGAUAUGGGAAGGCAUUGUUGGAAUUACUAGAUGAUUCUCCAGUGACCCCCGGUGAAACAAGACCAGCUUACGAUGGAUAUGAAGCCUCGAAGCAAAUUAUUAUUGAUGCUGAAAGUGCAUUGAAUGAAUGGACUUUGGAUUCCGCCCAAGUGAAACCAACUUUGAGUUUCAAACAAGAAUACGAUUACACUGAUGAUGAAGAAGAAGAAGAAGAAGAACCAAUACCAGAAGAAGAGGAAGAUUUGGAAGAUCACGUAUCGCAACUUGACCCAGAACAACAAGCGGGCCAAAGAUGGUCUGAUGACGAGUUGGAGCCUGAACAUCAAGAGGGUGAAGAAGAAAUAGAUGAACAGGUGGAAGAAGAGGGCGAACAAGAGGGCGAACAAGCAACUGCCUAA